AUGCUGAGCGAGGUCCUACGCCGCGACACGCUCUCGCAAGCGGGCCGCGCGCGCGCGGCCAAAGCGAAACUGCAAACCGAUGUCGAAAGGCUGCUUGAAAGACAAGGCAACGCGCUUUGGUCCCUGUUUGGCGACGCCGUCUUCGCCGUCCUCGUCGCGUCGAGCGUGGCGUGGGGCCUCGCGUCACUAGCUGCGUGGAAAUCAAGUUUACGGCGCGUUCGUCCUGAAUCGCCGCGUCGACCUCCACGCCAUCGACGCGACGCAGGUCAAUAGGCCACUACAAGGGCUGGUGGGACGUCGGCUCGUUCCUCGGCGAGAAUUACGAUCGCGACGGCUUCUGCCUCGCCCACAAAGGGACGUGGUACGAGUCUCAGUUGCUCUCGAUGUACGGGUCGGUCAUUCUCGCUCUAGUGUUACAAGUCAUGGUCCGUAGCCUCGCUGCGAACCGAGGCGAGCUCCUGGUCGUCGAGCGCUGUGUGGAAAUCAAACAGUGAGUAGGUCAACGCCAUCGAGCAGACGUAGGAAUGGAGGUAACCUCGCGUCGAUGGCGUGGGGCGCUCGAAAUUUGAUUUCCACACAGGUCGACGGGAACACGAAAAGCAUCAUAAGCCACGGCCUGGGCCACGGCGUUUUGCACUACCUGUCUGUGACGCAGGGCGGCCUGUCGCGCUCCGAGCCGCUAAUCACGCGCGCCACGCCGUGGUACGUCGCGGCCGGCCUGCUCCUCAGCUCCUUCGGCCUCUUCUUCGACCUAUUGGAGCGCACAGAGUUCCCACCCUGGCUCAAGACGACGCAGGCCGUCGCCAGCGCCCUGCUCGUCCCGACCACGGUGCCCCUCAUCAUGGCGCGGUUCCGAGUCCGCCGAGGUGUCUUCGCGUCGCCGGCGCGCGGCCCGACGGUCUCCCACACAGGUCUUCGGCGUCACUGGACUCAUCAUAUUCUUUAACGUGCACCUCGACAGGUUGCUCCACGGCCUCGACGGGGCGAAGGACCGGUACUACGCGCUCUAUGCGCUCACCCAGUGCCUCUCAUCCGCGGCCAUGUGGGCGGAGCCGUACCUCUGCGACUCGCUCCUGGUCAAGUACGGGGGGCACGUCGUCUUCGACUACUCGAUCCCGCUCGCCUUCAUCGUGUAUUUGGCCGCGGCGUCCCGCAUGGAGCCGCGGAAGGCCAAGGCCGCCUAG